CCUUUUCCUUCCCUGCGCGUCUGUCACUGGGGAUUAGCAGCUGCAGCCAGCUCAGCGCCAGAGGAUCAGGCUCUCCGGGAGAGCGAGAGACAGAUUGAGAUUGCGCAGGGUGGGCUGCGGAUGCCGACAUGCACGUUCCCCCCCCCGCGCUGGUAAAACUUGGGCGCUCCUCCUAGCGGGUGAGCAAAGGAGGCGAAAGGGGAGGAAGCUUUGGGCUUCGCGCCGGGAUUCCACUUCCUGGAGGAGCCCUCCCGGAGCACAGGUCUCCUGCGUUCCUGCUGCGCCGACGGAGAGGAGGCGCAGGAGCCGCACCCGCCCACGAUGAAGGACCGGCUGGAGCAGCUGAAGUCGAAACAGAACCAGGAUGACACUGAAGAUGAUUUAGAAAUUGCUAUUGACAACACUGCUUUUAUGGAUGAAUUCUUUGCAGAGAUUGAAGAGACCCGGCAGAAUAUUGACAAAAUUUCAAAGAAUGUAGAAGAGGCAAAAAAGCUGUACAGCAUUAUCCUGUCUGCUCCUAUCCCUGAACCGAAGACAAAGGAUGACCUGGAGCAGCUGACAGCAGAUAUCAAGAAAACAGCCAAUGCUGUUCGAAACAAACUUAAAAGUAUGGAGCAGGGCAUAGAGCAGGGUGCGGCUCGAUCAUCCGCUGACCUGCGGAUACGGAAGUCUCAGCAUUCAGUCCUUUCCCGAAAAUUUGUGGAAGUGAUGACUAAAUACAAUGAGGCACAGGUUGACUUCCGGGAACGGAGUAAAGGGAGGAUCCAGCGGCAGCUUGAGAUCACUGGAAAAAAUACAACAGAUGAAGAGCUAGAGGAAAUGCUAGAGAGUGGGAAUCCAUCAAUAUUCACAUCUGGGAUCAUGGAUUCCCAGAUCUCAAAGCAGGCGCUGAGUGAGAUUGAGGGACGGCAUAAGGAUAUUCUGCGACUUGAGAAUAGCAUCAAGGAGCUUCAUGACAUGUUUGUGGACAUUGCCAUGCUGGUAGAAAAUCAGGGUGAAAUUGUAGAUAACAUAGAACUCAACAUGAUGCACACCGUGGACCACAUAGAGAAAGCACGUGAGGAAACCAAGAAGGCUUUAAAAUAUAAGAGUAGGGCACGCAAGGUGAGCCUUUCCUACAGACCUCCAGCUCGGCACUCUCAGCCACUUGGUCGGUUUACACUGUUUGCUUCUGCCUCUCUCUUUGGCUUCUGCCUUCUUCUUCCUCUGCAAGGGAGCCAUGAUUGACCGCAUAGAGAACAAUAUGGACCAGUCAGUAGGCUUUGUGGAGAGGGCUGUCGCUGACACCAAAAAGGCUGUAAAAUUUCAGAGUGAAGCACGAAGGGUGAGAAGAAUUAUUGGAACCCAGCCCCAUCUCACCUUGUUUAGACUCUUAUCCCAGUGUUUGUUGAACUCACUUCCUGCAGACGUCUUUCUGUCAGCUUGGUGUUUGUAGAUUCAGACCCAGUUCUUCCUUCCCACUCUCUUUCUGUUCCUCUGCCUACCCUGCACUUCAAAACCCACCCACUUUGUCAAUACAUUGUAUUAGUUGUUUUGCUAAGCACUGCUUUAUUUUAUGAGUGGUCAUAGUCUGUUCCUUCCCUUCAACAUGAAGAAGGUCUCUUCUUUCACAGCUCCUUUUAAAAUAUUGUUUUUAAUCAUCUUUGAAGAAUGUGAGGUUUGAACUUCUCUAGAAUGCUAGUCUGAAUGUCUUCUACUUCUCCUUUGAGUUGUCUUUCCAUUCUGUUAUUGUUCUGUAUGUGAAGGCUUAUCCCUGUUAAUUUUGAUAAGUUAUAUAGAAGUUAUGGCACAUGGCAGCCAACAAUCCAACCUCUUUUAUUCUAGCAAAGUUCUCCCAUGCCUUUAAUAACUGUGUGGUAGGCAGAGGUUCAGUCACCUGCGGGUGCUUUUGGCUUGGGGGUUGGGAAGUAGCAUAUGUUGAAAGUUCUGCAGCUGGUAAAGGAUGAGGAGGUCUGCUCAGUGAAAAUGGCAAGGAGAAUUAGUUUGCUUCAAGUUUUCACUUCCUGCUAUAAGAAAGCUGGAAACUGAAAGUACUUGAAACCCAUCAUUCAGUGUUUUCCUUCCUUCCUUCCUUCCUUCCUUCCUUCCUUCCUUCCUUCCUUCCUUCCUUCCGUCCGUCCGUC